CAAAACAAAACCAAAAGAGAUGGGAGAUCUGAAAGGCAGGAGAGAAAGAAGAAAAGAAAAAAGGAAGGUGGAUCUCGUGAAAUUGGUGGCGCCUCCUGAUAUAUAUACUCUAUAAAAAAGACAUAACUCCUCCUUUUCUGGUGAGCACAGGCACGACGACACGAGGCUCUUCUUCUUUUUGUAAAUAAAUAACCCAACCACCACCCACCUUGAAUCUCUCAGCUCUCUUCUUCUGAUGGCGUCCUCAAGCCCUCAACAUAGUCACAUCAUUGAGGUUAAUAUAGCAAAACCUGAUGAACAGAGAACAACACUUGGGGCAAGUAAAGCCUGUGGAGAAGCACCUUGUGGGUUCUCAGAUCUCAACAAUGCUUCUGGUGAUGCACAGGACCGCAAUGCUUCCAUGCGGAAGCUCUGUAUCGCGGUCGUGUUAUGUCUUUUGUUCAUGACCGUUGAAGUUUUCGGCGGGAUCAAAGCUAAUAGCUUGGCUAUACUAACCGAUGCAGCUCACCUUCUCUCUGACGUUGCUGCCUUUGCUAUCUCCUUGUUCUCCUUGUGGGCUGCUGGUUGGGAAGCCACUCCUAGGCAGACGUAUGGGUUUUUCAGGAUUGAGAUUCUCGGAGCUCUUGUCUCUAUCCAGCUCAUUUGGUUGCUCACUGGUAUUCUCGUCUACGAAGCCAUUAUCAGACUUCUUACCGAGACCACUGAGGUUAAUGGAUUCCUUAUGUUCCUUGUUGCUGCGUUUGGGCUGCUUGUGAAUAUCAUAAUGGCUGUUCUGCUCGGGCAUGAUCACGGUCAUGGACAUGGUCAUGACCAUCACAACCACGGUGGGGUGACUGUUACCACUCAUCACCAUCAUGAUCAUGGUCAUACUCAUGGAGAGGACAAGCACCACCAAGCUCAUGGUGAUGUUACUGAGAAGUUACUCGACAAAUCGAAGCCGGAUAAAGAGAAGAGAAAGAGGAACAUCAAUGUCCAAGGAGCUUAUCUUCAUGUCCUUGGAGACUCCAUCCAGAGCGUUGGUGUUAUGAUCGGAGGAGCCAUCAUCUGGUACAACCCGGAAUGGAAAAUAGUAGACCUGAUCUGCACUCUUGUCUUCUCGGUUAUUGUCUUGGGAACAACCAUCAACAUGAUUCGAAGCAUUCUUGAAGUGUUGAUGGAGAGUACACCGAGAGAGAUUGAUGCUACAAAACUGGAAGAGGGUUUGGUGGAAAUGGAAGAAGUGGUGGCUGUUCAUGAGCUUCACAUUUGGGCUAUCACAGUGGGAAAAGUGCUGCUCGCUUGCCAUGUCAAUAUCAGACCAGAAGCAGAUGCAGAUAUGGUGCUCAACAAGGUCAUUGAUUACAUCCGCAGGGAGUACAACAUCAGUCAUGUCACAAUACAAAUUGAGCGCUAAGAGCAAACCAAACAUGUGAAGGAAUAUUCUGUAUCAGCUUUCUCAUUAACAACCAUUAAAUCAAUAGUUUCCAAUCUUUUUCACA